AUGCACUACGCUACUCUUGCUGCUUUGCUCUCCGCCGGGCUGGUCUCGGCCUACGAUGUGCCUGACAACUUGAGGCAGAUUUAUGACAACCAUAAGUCUGGAAAAUGCAACAACAAACUCGCCGGCGGCUUCACCGACGGCAUCAGUGGUGAAAGCACCUUCGCCUACUGCGGCGACAUCGACGGCGCCAUCUUCCUGCACAGCUCGGGCAACGGCGGCCAGUACGAUAAUAUGGAUGUGGAUUGCGACGGAGCAAAUAAUACCGGCGGCGACUGCGCCAAUGAUCCCUCUGGUCAGGGCCAGACUGCGUUCAUGGACUCCUUGAAUCAGUAUGGUAUCGACGAUCUGGAUGCGAAUGUUCAUCCGUAUGUUGUGUUUGGGAACUCGGAUUUUGAUCCCCAGGAGUAUGGUAUGGAGCCGCUGAGUGUGAUGGCUGUUGUUUGUGGGGAUCAGUUGUUCUAUGGUAUCUGGGGUGAUACCAACGGCGCGGAUUCUACCGGUGAAGCGUCCAUCUCGCUGGCUCAGCUGUGCUAUCCUGAUGAUGGUCUUACCGGUGACAAUGGCCAUGGCGAGGACGAUGUGCUGUAUAUCGGAUUUACAGGCAAGAACGCUGUCCCUGGCGACGAGGCCGACUGGACCACCGACGACACCGAGGCCUUCGAAGAAAGUAUCAAGGAGCUGGGUGACAAGCUGGUCGCAGGUCUCCAGGACUAA